AUGUUGGACCAGGAACAGGGGAACUCCAUGAAGGCCAUCUUCAUCCAUGGGAACUCCCUGGAAGUCAACCAAGCUCCUCUAGAAGGUGGUUGCUGGGGUGGGAAACAUGGAAAGGAAAAACGAUGCACGACAUCCUUAAGCAAAGCUAAUCACUUCUUUCCCUUGCUCUCCCAGGCUGAUGCUGCAACCAGCUUCCUCCGAGCAGCACGAUCAGGGAAUCUGGACAAAGCUCUAGACCAUCUAAGGAACGGUGUGGAUAUUAAUACCUGCAACCAGAAUGGGUUGAAUGCUUUACAUCUGGCCUCUAAGGAGGGGCAUGUAAAGAUGGUGGCUGAGCUGUUACACAAGGAAAUUGUGCUGGAAACAACAACCAAGAAAGGGAACACAGCUUUACACAUUGCUGCUUUGGCAGGACAAGAAGAUGUUGUACGGGAGCUGGUGAACUUUGGGGCAAAUGUCAAUGCACAAUCACAGAAAGGCUUCACACCCCUGUAUAUGGCCGCCCAAGAGAAUCACCUGGAAGUGGUCAAGUUCUUACUGGAAAAUGGUGCCAAUCAAAACGUGGCCACAGAGGACGGCUUUACUCCCUUGGCGGUAGCUCUGCAGCAGGGCCAUGAAAAUGUGGUGGCCCACUUGAUCAACUACGGGACCAAGGGGAAGGUGCGCCUUCCGGCGUUACAUAUAGCCGCCCGCAACGAUGACACGCGAACAGCUGCCGUGCUUCUGCAAAACGACCCCAAUGCCGAUGUCCUUUCCAAGACUGGCUUCACCCCCCUUCACAUCGCAGCGCAUUACGAGAACCUCAACGUGGCCCAGCUUCUCCUCAAUCGUGGAGCAAGUGUCAAUUUCACCCCACAGAACGGCAUCACCCCAUUGCACAUCGCCUCUCGACGCGGCAACAUCAUAAUGGUGCGGUUGCUGCUUGACCGGGGAGCCCACAUUGAGGUUCGCACCAAGGAUGAGCUAACCCCAUUGCACUGUGCCGCCCGCAACGGACAUUUGCGAAUUGCUGAAAUCUUGCUGGACCAUGGAGCGCCCAUCCAAGCAAAGACCAAGAACGGCCUCUCCCCCAUCCACAUGGCCUCCCAAGGUGACCACUUGGACUGUGUUCGGCUUCUGUUGCAAUAUAACGCCAACAUUGAUGACAUCACAUUGGAUCACUUGACCCCACUGCAUGUGGCUGCCCACUGUGGCCACCACCGGGUGGCCAAGAUCCUGCUCGAGAAGGGAGCCAAGCCUAAUGCACGGGCCCUGAACGGCUUCACUCCACUGCACAUUGCCUGUAAGAAGAAUCACAUCAGGGUGAUGGAGCUUCUUCUGAAGACGGGAGCCUCCAUCGACGCAGUGACGGAGUCGGGCCUCACUCCUCUUCAUGUGGCCUCCUUCAUGGGAAAUCUUUCUAUUGUCAAGAUCUUGCUCCAACGGGGAGCAUCUCCCAAUGUUUCCAAUGUGAAAGUAGAGACACCGCUCCACAUGGCUGCUCGGGCCGGGCACAGCGAAGUAGCAAAGUAUCUUCUCCAGAACAAAGCCAAGGUCAAUGCCACAGCUAAGGAUGAUCAGACGCCCUUGCACUGUGCCAGCCGCCUCGGGCACUGCGCCAUGGUGAAGCUGCUCCUGGAGAGCGGCGCCGAUGCUAACCUCUCCACAACUGCUGGACACACACCGCUGCACAUCACGGCUCGUGAGGGGCACCUGGACUGUGUUUGUGCUCUCCUGGAGAAAGAGGCAUCCCAGACUGCCAUGACUAAGAAAGGAUUUACCCCUCUCCACGUUGCUUCCAAAUACGGGAAGGUGGAUGUGGCCGAGGCUCUGUUGGAACACAACGCACAACCCAACGCGGCAGGGAAGAAUGGCCUGACGCCUCUGCACGUCUCCGUCCACCACAAUAACCUGGACAUAGUGAAAGUGCUGCUCCCCAAGGGGGCCUCUCCGCACAGCGUGGCCUGGAACGGAUACACUCCUUUGCACAUCGCAGCCAGGCAGAACCAAAUGGAGGUGGCUUGCAGCCUACUGCAAUACGGUGCUUCUGCCAAUGCGGAAUCCACGCAGGGAAUGACGCCGCUGCACCUGGCGGCCCAGGAGGGCCACGCGGACAUGGUGGUGCUGCUCCUCUCCAAGCAGGCGAACGGCAACCACGGAAACAAGAGCGGCCUCACCCCUCUCCACCUGGUGGCCCAGGAGGGACACCUCCAGGUGGCAGACAACCUGCUCAGGCAUGGAGUCCAGGUGGAUGCGACGACUCGGAUGGGCUACACGCCAUUGCACGUGGCUUGUCAUUACGGGAAUAUCAAGCUGGUGAAAUUUCUGCUCCAGCAUCAGGCUGAUGUCAAUGCCAAAACCAAGCUGGGUUACACCCCUCUGCACCAGGCAGCCCAACAAGGCCACACCGACAUAGUCACCCUUUUGCUCAAGCACGGGGCUUCGCCCAACAGAGUCAGUUCGAAUGGCGCCACCCCGUUGGCCAUCGCCAAGAGACUCGGCUACAUUUCUGUCACCGAUGUGCUGAAGGUUGUCACCGACGAGAGCAGCUUCCUGGUGAGUGACAAGCAUCGGAUGAGCUUCCCAGAGACGGUGGAUGAGAUUCUGGAUGUAUCUGAGGAUGAAGGAGAUGAACUGCCGGGUACCAAGAUGCAGAAGCGGGAACUUCAGUAUCAGGAAGAUGAGAGAGAAAUAGUGGAAUUUGUCCCCAAAUUGGACCACACAAGGGAGGAAUCACCAGCUAUCCCUCGAAUCCCUUGCGUUACGCCUGAGACAGUCCUGAUCCGGCCGGAGGAACCCGAGCAGCCUUCCAAAGAGUUUGACGAAGAGUCCCUCAUCCCAAGCAGUCCUGCCACAGAGACCUCUGACAACAUCAGUCCGGUAGCCAGCCCUGUCCACACAGGGUUCCUUGUAAGUUUCAUGGUCGAUGCCCGUGGAGGCUCCAUGAGGGGCAGCAGGCACAACGGCCUUCGGGUCAUCAUUCCACCCAGGACGUGUGCAGCACCAACUCGCAUCACCUGCCGCCUAGUCAAGCCCCAGAAGCUACCAGCUCCACCCCCUCUGGCAGAGGAAGAAGGACUGGCCAGUAGAAUUAUUGCUCUGGGCCCUGCUGGAGCACAAUUCCUCAGCCCCGUGAUUGUGGAAAUCCCUCAUUUUGCCUCGCACGGCCGUGGUGACCGAGAAUUGGUGGUCCUACGCAGUGAGAAUGGGUCUGUAUGGAAAGAGCACCGCAGCCAUUACGCAGAGAGCUAUUUGGACCAAGUCCUCAAUGGGAUGGACGAAGAGCUGGAAAGUCUGGAAGAGCUGGAGAAGAAGAGGAUUUGCCGUAUUAUCACGACCGACUUCCCCCUGUACUUCGUGGUCAUGUCCCGGGUGUGCCAGGACUGUGAGUUGAUUGGCCCAGAAGGGGGCUGUCUCCAGAGCUCCUUGGUGCCCUUGGUCCAAGCCACCUUUCCUGAAACGGCAGUCACCAAGAAAGUCAAGUUGGCUCUGCAGGCUCAGCCAGUGCCUGAUGAGCUGGUGACAAAACUCCUGGGGAACCAGGCAACCUUCAGCCCAAUUGUGACGGUGGAACCGCGCCGUAGGAAAUUUCACCGGCCGAUUGGGUUGCGCAUCCCUUUGCCCCCUUCCUGGAAAGAGAAUCCCCGAGACAGUGGGGAAGGUGAUACCACUAGCCUGCGUCUCCUCUGCAGCGUUAUAGGAGGAACCGCGCCAGCACAAUGGGAGGACAUCACCGGGACCACAAAAUUAAUUUAUGCCAACGAAUGUGCAAAUUUCACCACCAACGUGUCGGCCAGGUUCUGGCUGGCAGACUGCCCGCGCACAGCCGAAGCUGUCCAUUUUGCUACUCUGUUAUACAAGGAGCUGGCAGCGGUGCCCUACAUGGCUAAGUUUGUGGUCUUUGCCAAAAUGAAUGACGGGCGGGAAGGACGUUUGCGCUGCUACUGUAUGACCGAUGACAAGGUGGACAAAACGUUGGAGCAGCAUGAAAACUUCACCGAAGUGGCACGCAGCCGGGACAUUGAGGUGGCUGAAGGCAUGCCCCUCCACAUGGAGCUUUCUGGGAACCUGCUGCCAAUCAAAAAGGCUGCCCAGCAACGGAGCUUCUUGUUCCAGUCAUUCCAUGAGAACCGCCUCAUCAUCCCCGUUAAGGUGAGGGACAGUAGCCGGGAAUCCAGUGGCUCUUUGUCCUUCCUCCGCAAGCCCAUGAAGUAUGAGGAGCUUCAGCAUGUGCUGUGCCAUCUGAACAUCACUAUGCCACCCUGCUCCAAGGUGAGUAAUGAAGAUCGAAGGAGAACCUUGACACCACUUGCCCUGCGAGAGAGAUACAGCCUGCUCAGCGACAGCACUCUAGGUAAGGAGGCUCCCUGUAACAGGACCAACAUGAAGUUGGCGGUGAUCGCAGAACACUUGGGACUCAGUUGGGCUGAGCUGGCUCGGGAACUUCAAUUUGGAGUGGAUGACAUCAACAGAAUCCGAGUUGAGAACCCCAACUCCCUGCUGGAGCAGAGCAUGGCCCUGUUGAAUCUUUGGACCAGCCGUGGUGGCCAGAGUGCCAAUAUGGAGAGCCUUUAUGCAGCUCUUCGCAACAUUGAUCGUAGCGAAAUCAUCAACAUGUUGGAAGGUUCGGGGCGACAGGGCCACAGCCUGAAGGGCGACAAGCGCUACCGACACAGAGACUAUUCUGGGUCUCCCUCCCAGAUCAAUGGUUAUGCUUCGCUGCAGGACGAGCUGCUGUCCCCCGCCUCCAUGCACUACGCUCUGCCUUCCCCGCUGUGUGCCGACCAAUACUGGAAUGAGGUGGCCAUCCUGGAAGCCAUCCCCAUGGCUGCCAGCGAGCAGGAUGCCCUCCUGGAGAUGUCGGACAUGCAGGUGUGGUCUUCCGGGCUGACGCCCUCGCUGGUGACUGCCGAAGAUUCCUCCCUGGAGUGCAGCAAGGCUGAGGACUCGGACGCCACGAGUGAAGGGCGGUUCACGGGGCAACUGCUGGAGGAUGUGCAUGGCCCUGACCCUCUUGGCUCCAUGGACCUGGUGGAGGAAGACACAGUGGAUUCAGACGCCAUGAAUGGCCUGAUGGACAUGUUAGAGCAGGAGGAAGGCCAGCAGAGAGUCCAAGUGGGCAUCACAGAGUCGCCCACGGUUAGCCGGGUGAUAGAGAAGGGCAAGGACAGGCCCGGUGAAUGGGUGGUGGAGGGCGCCUUCAUCUCCAACCUGUCAGACCUGGGCAAAGGGGUGUCCCUGAGCCCCCCACUCCUGCGACAAGGGGUGUCGUCUUACAGAGUGCGGGGCCGGGAACGGGAGAAGCCGGAGCACAUGCGGAUCGACUCGUCGGAAGAGCGGGAAGGCUCCCCCUUCCAGAGGGACUGGGGUCUCCAGCCUGGGAGGCAGCAGCAAGGCCUGGCCAAGUGGCUGGAGGACUCGGACAGCAGCUGCUUUGCCCAAAGGCAGAAGCCUUUGGCAUGA